GUAACUUCCUUCGCGAUCGUGGCGCACUACGUUCCGUUUGAUCGGUCGUUGCGAGACGAGUUUUCACGCACUUCGUUGCACCGGCCGGGAUAACUCGAUUUUCCCGAUACUCAUUUAUUUCUCUCUCUCUCUCUCUCUCUCUCGCCGAAAUUAUCUGUUUAAUAAUUUUCUAAACGACGCGGAACUGAUUUUUUUUUUCGAUAACGUACGCAUGGUACGACAGAACAUGCAAGUCAUGAAGCAGUGGUAACUUACCGACAAAAUAUCGAGUAGUAAUAAGGAGAGAGAGAGAGCCGCGUUUCAACAAUGUGUAUGCAAUUCAGAUAAGAUUCCUCAUAUAUAAAGCUCGUUCUUAGUAGGCUACGGUACACUUUCAUCGCGAUCGUUUUCGCGAAAAGCGCUCGCGAUUGUUUUGUUUCUUGUUUUUUUUUUUUGUUUAACAAAUAAUUGACCAACUGGUUGAAGUGGUGCGAGAAAUCGCGAACGUUGCGGUUUUUGUUUUUUCGUUUUUCCUCUUUUUAUAAUCACCGUUCGAACAAGGCAAGCUAUGAUUUCCAACAAAAAAUAUGAAAAUCCUAGUCCGGAAACGAGAGCGAAUCCACUGUCCAAACUUAUGUUCUGGUGGGUGAUACCUUUUCUUAAAUAUGGUUAUAAGCAUGACUUAGAAGUUACUAAUCUGUACAAUACCACCCCUGGUGAUUAUUCGGAUAUAUUAGGCGACCAACUUGAAAAAAAUUGGGAAGAUGAAUUGCAGAGGGCAAAGAAGAAGAAUAAAAAGCCAAGAUUAAUAACUGCCCUUAGGAAAACAUUUUUCAAGUCGUUCUCAUUGUAUGGUUUCAUUUUAUUGAUCCAAGUAUUUGUGAGAGUUUAUCAGCCCAUUUGUUUGGCCGAAUUGAUAAAAUAUUUCGACCCAGUGAAUGGUUAUAGUAAAGACCAAGGUUGGAUUCUAUCCAGUGGUGUUAUUUUAUUAGCUUUUAUGAAUAUUCUAAUUGCACAUCAUGCCGGAAUAGGUUGCUUAAGAAUUGGUAUGAGAGUUAGGAUUGCCUGCUGUUCCUUGAUAUAUAGAAAGCUGCUUCGUUUAAAUAGAGUGUCAGCAUCGAAGACUUCAGCAGGCCAAAUGGUUAAUUUGUUAUCUAACGACGUUUCUAGAUUUGAUAUGGUCCUUCUCUAUUUCCAUUAUAUUUGGUUGACACCUAUACAGGUGGUUCUGGGUGCUUAUGUGAUGUGGAGAAGUGUCGGCAUUGCCACUUUUGCUGGUCUUUUGGCCAUUACCCUGGAAGCAAUACCAUUACAAGGGUACUUGUCAAAACAGUUGGGUGUUUUACGUUAUAAAAUCGCGAUGAAGACUGACCACAGGGUAAAAUUAAUGAGUGAAGUUACUUCGGGGAUCCAGGUGAUUAAAAUGUAUGCUUGGGAGAAACCCUUCGAAAAAUUGGUGCAGUUAGCCAGAAAACUAGAAAUUCAAGAUAUCAGAAAGGCGUCAUUUAUACGAGCCUUUUCAACGUCUCUUACAGUUUUUACAGAGCGGACAAUUUUGUACUUAACCGUUGUAACUUAUGCCCUUUUGGGCAACUAUCUUACGGGUGAUAAGGUAUUCUCCAUUGCGCAGCUUUACAAUACCAUCCAACUUUACAUGUCCAUUUUCCUACCACUGGCUAUGUCCACUUAUGCCGAAGCCCGAGUAUCCGUAGAUAGAAUACAGGAAUUUUUAGCCCAAGACGAAAACUACGAAGUAACUGAAACGGCAGUGAAACCUGUGAUAUAUAGCGAACCUGGUCGUAUAAAGCUAUCAAACGCUUGUGCCUCGUGGUAUCACGAUGGUAUCGUGAAUACAUUGUCGAAUAUAACGUUGGACAUCCGUCCAGGCACCUUGGUGGCCGUUGUGGGUCAAGUGGGUGCAGGAAAAAGCUCUCUACUCCAACUGCUGAUGAAGGAACUUCCUUUGAAGUGCGGCAAAAUGGAUGUCCAAGGAACGGUGUCCUUUGCAUCCCAAGAACCAUGGCUGUUCGUGUCGUCUGUUAGAAACAACAUCCUCUUUGGUUCAGAGUACAACAAAAGGCGUUACAUGGAGGUGGUCAAAGUGUGUUCUCUUCUACCAGAUUUUGACCAGUUUGUUAGCGGCGAUAAAACCAUCGUGGAAGAACAUGGUUCGUCCCUGAGUGGAGGACAGAGGGCGCGAGUCAACCUUGCCAGGGCCGUUUACAGACAAGCCGAUAUUUACUUGUUUGACGACCCUUUGUCAGCUGUCGAUGCCCAUGUCGGUAAAGAACUCUUCGAAGGUUGCAUCGUGAACUAUUUGAGCAACAAAACCAGAAUUCUGGUGACUCACCAGACUCAGUUCCUAAAGAAGGCCGAUCUCAUUGUGAUACUGAACAACGGUGUUAUUGAAAACAUCGGAAGAUAUGACGAGCUUUCGGACAAAUGCAAGGAAUACCUGAAGACGGAAACCCACAGCGAGGAGGAGAAAGCCCACGAAGGAGCAUUCAGAACGAACAGGCUUCUUUCUAUCACCUCACAUAUGACUUCCAACGCUGAUGACGAAGACGACCCCCAGGAAACCCAAGAGCUUAUAGAGAAAGGUGGUAUAUCGAAAAAGCUUUAUUGGAAGUACAUCUCAGCUGGGUCCAACAUUUGCAUGCUGCUUCUUCUGGUGUUCUUGACUAUGUCUGCGCAAAUUUUCUCCAACGCUGGUGACUUCUGGCUAACCCAUUGGACUAAUACAGAAGAAACAAUACUGGCAGAUCAUGUAUUGCAACAGAAAAACCAUUCCUCGAUGAUCUUCACCAAUGGCCACAACAAGACUGAUGAAAAUGAUUCAACCAUCUCACCAAUCUUGAACGACUUGGAUAAUUUCACUAACUUUAGUCCCAACGAACCCCUGGAAUCGUACUUCGCAAUCCAACAACCGCAUUCACGUCGACUAGAAUACGUUUACAUCUAUACUGGUUUCAUAAUUCUUUCGAUAGUAUUGCUGACCAUAAGAGCGGUGGUUUUCAACUGGGUUUGCAUGGCAUCUUCGAAAGCUCUUCACAAUACCAUGUUCAACAACGUGUUGCAGGCCACCAUGAGAUUCUUCAACACAAAUCCGUCUGGAAGGAUAUUGAACAGGUUUUCGAAAGAUAUGGGAGCUGUCGACGAACUUCUUCCCAUAGCUUUGCUGAACGCGAUCCAGAUCUUCCUGGUAGCUGCUGGAAUAAUCAUGAUGGUUGUAAUAGUCCAACCAUGGAUGACUAUACCAACGCUGCUGUUAGCGAUCAUGUUUUGGCUGGUGAAAAAUGUUUAUUUGGCAUCUGCUCAAGACCUGAAAAGAUUGGAAGGAGUCACGAAAGCUCCUGUAUUCUCUCACGCUUGUGCAACUCUCUCCGGUCUAUCAACCAUCAGAUCGACGAAAGCCCAACAAAUGGUUUCUAAAGAGUUCGAUCUCCUUCAGGAUCAACACACGGCCGCCUUUUUCUUGUUCACCUAUUGCAGUGAAGCGUUCGGGUUCUAUUUGGAUUUGAUCAGCUUGCUGUUUCUGGCCGUCUUGACGUACCAAUUCAUAAUAUUUGAAACAGGGUCCACUCUUGCUGGAAACGUCGGUUUGGUCAUCUCCCAGUCUCUAAUUUUGACUGGAAUGCUGCAACAUGGUGUGAAGCAAACUGCAGAGACUGCAAGUCAAAUGACGAGUGUGGAACGUAUUUUGCAGUAUUACCACUUGGAAAAAGAAGGUCCAUUUGAGUCCCUGCCGACCAAAAAACCACCACAAGACUGGCCCCAGAUGGGAAGAAUCGUCUUCAAAAAUCUCACUCUCCGAUACGCCCCGGAUGAACCUCCAGUACUUAGGAAUUUGUCUUUUGAAAUCCAGGCCGGAGAAAAGGUUGGAAUCGUUGGAAGAACAGGAGCUGGGAAGUCCAGUUUGAUCUCAGCAUUGUUCCGUUUGGCCCCCACGGAAGGUAGCAUGGCAAUCGACGGGAUAGAAACAGAGGAUAUCGGACUUCACGACCUGCGUACCAAGAUCUCUAUCAUCCCCCAGGAACCCGUUUUGUUCUCGGCUUCGGUCAGAUACAAUCUGGAUCCGUUCAACAAAUCUGAUGACAAGGCUUUGUGGAAGGCUUUAGAAGACGUGGAACUGAAAGAUGCAGUGAAAAGUUUGGAUCAAGAAAUAACAGAAGGUGGUACAAAUUUCAGCGUUGGACAACGACAGCUGGUCUGUUUGGCUAGAGCUAUCUUAAGGAACAACAGAGUCCUGGUUAUGGACGAGGCCACAGCCAAUGUUGAUCACCAAACCGAUUCGUUUAUCCAAGCGACGAUUAGAAGAAACUUCAAAGAUUGCACGGUAUUGACGAUAGCCCAUCGGCUGAACACCAUAAUGGACUCGGACAAGGUCUUGGUGAUGGACGCUGGAGAAGCCGUGGAAUUUGCGCAUCCCCAUGAACUUUUACAAAAACCUGACGGUCAUCUCACCGGAUUGGUCAAGAAAACCGGUAAAGUUAUGGAAGCUAGUCUUCGAGCCGUAGCAGAGGAGUCGUUCAAGAGGAAACAGGAACUUUACAUCAAAUAACAAUAAGAAUAGGAAAAGAAUCGAACUUUAUCGUUAUUGUUUAUUAUUUUACAAGUACCACAAGUAGACGAAAUCGGACCAAAAAGAAAGGAAAACUGUUUUCUUCUCUUAACUGUGAUUUAUUGAUUAAGUAAGUGACUUUGGUAAGUAUGGACGACCUCAAGACUUCAAUCGCAAAGAGGAUGAAGAUGAAAAAGGGAACGAGGAGGGGAGAUAGAGUGAAAUGGGGAAGAAUCGACCCCUCUUCCUCCAGAAAGUAUUACUAUUAUACAUGUAUGUAUAAAAUUAUGUUUAUUUAUUUUUUUUUUUUGAUGGCGGCUACUUUUCGAAACGUUGAAAAGAAAAGGUGCUGCAUUGAACUUUUGCUAGAUACAAGAAUAA